UCUAAAACAUUUGUUAGAUUCCCUAAAUUCUAUUAUAGUUUAUAUUUUAUAGUUUUAUGUACGGACGAGUCGCAAUCCGAUCACUGUUACAUUUUCCAAAUCUUCCUACCAGCAUUAAUCCCUGAUAAUCUGUUUGACGUGCAAAGCUGUAUGUUAAUUCUAUCAAAUGGCAGAUGUACUAGCGGUACACGCUACUAUACCACAAAUGUCUCGUUCAGUAUAAUCGUGUAUCGUAGCUGUAAAAGUAUGAAAACGAUGAAGUUCACCAUCGAGUCUACUACUUCUUACAACAGCAUACAUCCAACAUAUCAAUACACAGAACAAUUUGCUAAUAAUGCUGAAACGUAUCAAGAUGGUACCAAAUGGUUUGGAGUAUUUUUGGCAUUUUUAUCAGGUACAUUUUUUACAAUUAGUUCUGCAUUAGUCAAAGCAGUUCAAAAUGUACACCCUAUGAUGUUGUUGGCCAUCAGAGCUGUUCUACAAAUGUUAGUUAUGGCUGGUGUAGCAAUUAAAGUUUCCAAAAGUCUGUUUGGCCCUAAAGGACAAAGAAUGCUGUUACAUUUACAGGGAAUUGUAGGUGGUGCAACUCUAUCGUUAUUAUAUUAUAGUUUUCGCAAAUUACCUAUCGGAGAUGCUACGACGAUCAUAUUUAGCUCACCAGUGAUUGUUAUCGCAUUGUCUUUUAUACUUUUAAAAGAACCUUGUGGAAUAUUACGUGUAUUAGUUGUAUGUGCGCUUUUUGCGGGUGUAGUUUUUGUAUCUAGACCACCAUUUCUAUUUCAGGUAUGUUUUUCGUACAAUCUUUAUGCGUCAUUGAUUUCGUAUCAAACAUUUUCUCUACAGGUCCAUAGAGUCGAACCAUACAACCUAAUGGGAUACGUGUGCGCUAUCCUGGCAACUGUCUUCACAGCACUCAACAUAGUUAUCAUGAGAAAGUGUUCAGAAAUUCAUUAUUCAACGAUAAUCUUCAAUUUAUCAUGGUGGUCACUUGUUACAGCAGUAUUCUUCUAUUUUACUGUGUCUGAACAUCAUGAACAAAUCCCAAAGUUACCAGUCGACUGGAUCACUUGGAGCAAAAUAUUAUUGGUUGCGGUAACUGGAUUAUCAGGCCAGAUUUUAGUAACUAAUGCAUUAAAGAUAGAAGGAGCUGGUAAAGUCUCAGUGACCAGAUCUUUGGACAUCAUUUUGGCGUACAUUGUGCAAGUAUACUUUUUUGGAGACCGUCCUACAUCAACUAGCAUCGUUGGAGCAUUACUAGUUAUAGCCGCUGUUGUAUGUAUGGGAUUUGAAAAAGAAAUUUAUGGUAUUUGUGAUUUUAUUCCCUAGUCAAAGAUACAAUAUCUUAAAUUUACCUGGUCUUAGCAUAAACAUAGACACUAUUAUACAUACGUGUUGUUAUGAAUGGUGAAAACAUUGUUACCAUAUCACUAUUUCAUCAUUUUUAUAAUAUAAAAUUUUAAGACUUUAUACAAUAUAAAGUCAAAUUAUAUGUAACUGUUAUCAAUUUACAGUUUUUCUUUAUUUUUACCGCAGUUUGUACCUCGCAUAUAUUCCCAUUUCAAACGAAAUCAAACAAAUCAAAUAAUUGA